AUGGCAAAGGUCCUCUUUAUCUUCUCAGCUGCCACAUUCUGAUGCUGGUUUAUGAACAGUGUUUUGUAUCUUAAUUUCAUUUCUUCUUCUUCUUUCUGUUUUUUUUUUUCUUCUUUCUGGUUCUUUUUUUUUUUCUUCUGUUGCUAACACCGUCACGUGGCCAUGGAGGAAGCCAAUGAAGCAAGAAUUUCAACCCUACCAUGGUCACCAUAUGAAGGCGGGGACUGGACGAGUGUUCGGCAAAAGGCUGCGAUUGCCUGGACCGGCGCGUCCACAGAUUCUACCUGGCAGUGGGGGAUCCCGAGCCGGUUGCAAAAGUGGACUCCAUGUGGCUCCAUCCGGAUUAAGACCCGAAUUCCAAGGCUUUGGCCUUGCGCCACGUUCACUCUUGGAGAACUUCACAGCUAAGGAGAAGCUGGUGGAAUCAUCAGCCGGGGAGAGAAAAAGAGAGAGAAUCCAAGGGCUACUUUCCAAGCCCGCGGAGGUGAUGGAUUAUUCCUACGACGAAGACCUGGACGAACUGUGUCCCGUGUGCGGGGAUAAAGUCUCGGGCUACCACUACGGACUGCUGACCUGCGAAAGUUGCAAGGGCUUCUUCAAGAGAACCGUGCAGAACAACAAGCACUACACGUGUACCGAGACCCAGAACUGCAAGAUCGACAAGACGCAGCGGAAAAGGUGUCCUUACUGCCGUUUCCAGAAGUGCCUGGCCGUGGGGAUGCGACUGGAAGCCGUGCGCGCCGACCGAAUGCGCGGCGGGCGGAACAAAUUCGGCCCGAUGUACAAGCGGGACCGGGCGCUGAAGCAGCAGAAGAAGGCGCUGAUCCGGGCCAACGGCUUCAAGCUGGAGACGGUGCCCCCGCCGCCCCCCAUCGUCUCGCCCGUGCAGGCGGUGGACUACGGGGGUCUGCCGCCCUCCUUGCAAGGCUUGGGGGGUCACCACCAGCCCCCGGCCGGGCCGGCCAAGGGGCUGCCGCCGCCCAGCGCCGCUGCCAUGACCCCGAUCGACUACCAGCGCAGCCCCUACGGGACCCCCGCCCUGGCCGCCCCCGGCCCACCGGGGCCCGGGGCCCUCUCGGGCUACCACUACCCUCCUUUCGCCAGCCGGGCCAUCAAGUCCGAGUUCCCGGAGCCCUACGCCGCCCCCCCUCCUCACGAGGCCGGCCCUGCCUACCCCUUCCCGGAGCCCUAUCCGGGAGGAGGCGGCGGGGGCGGCGGCGGUGGGGUCUCGCCCGCCACGGCGCUGGACGUGCCCGAAGUGAUGCUGAAGCUGCUGCAGCUGGAAGUGGACGAGGGGCAGCUGAAGGAGCGCAUCCUGAGCUGCCUGCAGCAGCAGGAGCAGAGCAAAGGGCGGCCUGAGAAGCUGAGCACCUUCGGGCUUCUGUGCAGGAUGGCCGACCAGACCCUCUUCGCCAUCGUGGAGUGGGCUCGCAGCUGCAUCUUCUUCAAAGAGCUGGAGGUUGGGGACCAGAUGAAGCUGCUGCAGAACUGCUGGAGCGAACUGCUGGUCUUCGACCACAUUUUCCGCCAAGUCCAGUACGGGAAAGAGCACAGCUUGGUGCUGGUGACCGGCCAGGAGGUGGACAUGUCAACGCUUGCCACCCAGGCCGGAUCUAUCCUGAACAAUUUGGUGCUGAGAGCUCAGGAGCUGGUGCUCAACCUGCACUCCAUCCAAAUGGAUCGGCAAGAAUUCGUCUGCUUGAAAUUCUUGAUUCUCUUUAGCCUCGAUGUGAAGUACGUGGAGAACUCCAGCGUGGUGAAGGAGGCCCAAGAAAAAGCCAACACAGCCCUGAUGGAGUACACCCUCUGCCAUUAUCCGCAUGUCACGGACAAAUUCCGGCAGUUGCUCAUCCAGUUGGCGGACAUCCGGGCACUCAGCAUGCAGGCUGAAGAUUACCUGUACCACAAACACCUGAGCGGGGAGGUGCCUUGCAACAACCUGCUGAUUGAAAUGCUGCAUGCUAAGCGGACUUGACCCCAGGCAGGGGACGGAUGGACGGACGGACGGAUGGGGGAGGCUGGAGAGGCUGGGACAGUGGGGAAGAGUCGAGCCGGUGGGGGAGAGGGGAGAGCAGGGUUGGCAAUUAGGGGAGCCCUCCCCUAAUCUGGGCUUGACCCGGGUCCUCUCGUUGUCCAGCCUGCUGAAAUUGGGCCAAUCCCACCCCGGGGGCUCUUGGUCUUUUUGUCCCAGAUGCUGUGAUGUUUGGAAAGCCGAAAGAGCAACUUAACCCUUGGAGACGGUUUGGUGGCCGAGUCUGCCGUGGGGGACCCCAA